ACUUGUGGUUUUAAUGGUGAAGAGUGCGGGAGUGAGUGAGUGAGCCAGCCACCGAGUUCAUUAAAUUCAUUACUUUGUAUUCAUAAAUGUAUGUAUACACAUUAUUGUCUCUGUACCAACUCAACUAGGCCUCUCUUCUCUCUUCUGCAACAAUUAUCCCCACUCUGUCACCACCAGUAAUAAUUUCCAAUUUCCAAUUUCCAAUUUCCUUACCCUUCCUUCAUACCUACUCCUACUCCUACUCCUCUUACUCUCUUCCUUCCUUUCUCCCAUGGCUUCUCCCCAUGGAUCUCCGCCGCUUCCAAGACCCAAGUCGCCGCCGGAGUUGUACGGCAAACGAAGAGAGUUCGCCAAAGUUGUCAUGUUGGAAAGAGAAAUUGGUUUCCUUCAGGAAGAGUUGAAGUCCAUUGAAACCUUACGCCCUGCUUCUUCUUGCAUUAAAGAGGUUGCUGAUUAUAUGGUCGCAAAUCCAGAACCAUUGAUCACUACGUGUAAGAAGACUCGUAAAUCUUGUGGUUUCUGGAAAUGGCUAUGCGGAAAUUCCUGCUUCAAUAUGUCAUGGGUUUGCUGCUGCUGCUGCUGCUACUGCUGCACUUCUCUUCAAACACCCAAGUGCUGCUGUUCCUGCUCGUUUCCCGAAUGUUGUUCCUGCUCGUUACCAAAAUGCAGUUGCGGUUUCCGGCCAGGUUGCCCAAAAUGUUUAAAAGAAUGCUUCUCUUGCCCCAAAUGCGACUGCCCAAAAUGCGACUGCCCCAAAUGCCCAUCUUGCCCCGAUUGCAGUUGUUGCUGCAAAUGUUCAUUCUCAUGUUGCUGUCCAAAACCCAAGUGUUCUUGUCCUAAACUUCCAAAGUGUACAAGUUGUGCUUGUUUUAGCUUAAAGUGCUGUUAUAAUUGUUGUCAAUGUUGCUAAUCAAAUAAACAUACACAAUGACAAUUUCGAAGUUUUGAUUCAUUCAUUUCCAUUCAAUAAGCCAUAGAAACAACAAACAUCUAUUUCUAUUACAUUAGUUUUUGAAGCACAAGAAACG